AUGGAAGUACCUGCACCAGCUACUACUCGGAGAGAUGCACAAGAAGCUCCAGCAGAGGAUGCUACUACCAAUGCUUCUACUGCACCUGAUACAAAGGAAGCACGAAGAAGAAGAGCCUCUCAUAAUGCUAAAGCCAAAUAUCUUUUAUAUUGUUCUUUGUCUAUUACUGAAUAUAACAAAAAUUGUGAUCAAUUGUCAUCAGAAUAUGAAGGAGUUGAUGAAGACAUGGCGUUGUUCACUCGAAGGUUUAACGGCCUCAUGAAAAAAGGAGGAAACUUCAAAGAAACCAAGUCAUAUAAACCCAGAUUGCCCAUUGGUCGAGAAGAGGAAGGAAAGUAUGAAAUGAAAAAGAAAGCACUGAAAGCUGAAACAUGGAAUGAAUCAGAAUGUGAAGCCAAUGAUGAAGAAGAAGCAAAUCUUUGUCUAAUGGCCAACUUAGAUCAUGAACAAGAAAAUGAGGAAGUAUUUGAUCUUACCACAGAAAAACUUGCUUGCAAGACUGUAUUUGACAACAUGAAAAAGGACUAUGACCUCCAAGAAAUGGAAGUUAAGUUUUCUCAAGUUGAGAAUGACUCUCUCAAGGAAGAGAUUUCAAAAAUCAGCACAAAGUCUUCUCUUGGUUUAGAAAUCUUGAAGCACAUUCUCUCAAUUCAGAUUCCUCUCUACAACAAAUGUGAGGAAGAAGACCCUGAAGCAGAACCUAAAGAGGCCCCAGAAGUAGAGCCCGAAGAUGAGCCUGAAGAAGAACCAGAGGACGCACCCGAGUACGAGCCAGAGUACGAUCCCGAGUUUGUGCCAGAGGACGAGUCGGAUGAGGAACCAGAUGAAGAGGAGCGGGUCGAGGUUCCAGCAGAGUCAGCACUUGAACCUUCGGGGGCCGAGCAUGAACUAGAGCCUGAAGAAUCCCAGGCGGGGUAUGAUCCAAUGGAUAUGGACCUCGAAGUAAUACCCAAAGAAGAACCAGAAGAUGAAGACCCUGAGGACAAACCUGAAGAGGCACCGGAAGAAGAGCCUGAAGAGGAACCAGAGGACGUACCCGAGUAUGAGCCAUAG